ACAAACGGAAAAAACGUCACAAGAACGAGAAGAUAUUCAGAAGAAGAAAGAACAGGAAGUGUUUGAUUGUUUCUAUUUUUUGUAUCUACAAUUUGCCUUAAAAUAUCAGCUCACCAUGAACUUGGAACGACUGCCUAAUGAAGAGAAACUCAGCCUGUGCAGAAAAUAUUACUUGGGUGGCUUUGCUUUUCUUCCUUUCCUGUGGCUGGUCAAUGUUGUUUGGUUUUUCCGCGAGGCCUUUUGGAAGCCAGCAUACGGUGAACAACUGCAAAUAAAAACCUAUGUGAAACGGUCAGCGCUGGGGUUGCUGCUGUGGGUAGCUGUACUCACAACGUGGAUAACUAUUUUCCAGCAAUUCAGAGCAGAGUGGGGGGAGGUGGGGGAUUACCUUUCCUUUACAAUUCCCCUGGGCAGACCUUGAGGCUUUCCCACCCAGUGAUAGGUUUUUUUUGUGUAAAUAAUAAUAAUGAUCCACUGUCAUGGACCAAAGAAUUUCCUUUAACCAUGUAGAAAGAUAGUCUUUGUACAGUCUUUACAGGUUAAUUCAAUAGCUUAAAAAAAGUAUGUAGACCUUAUACUUUACCAUAUUUUUUGACAUAUGGAUACUGGAAUACGGAAAAAUGUAUGUUUUUGUGAUUUCCUAAGGCAUUUGUAAAAGCUCUUGGAUAUAGACCAAUCUUGUUUAACACAGUGUUUUAAUGGCAAAACUGGAUGUGCAUUUAGUUUUUAUUUCAGGCAUUGAACAAUACAUGCAUCAAACAUUUUGUUUUUCUUAUAUUUUGUUGACAUGAUGCGUGUGAUUGUGCACUCAAAACUAUUAUUUUGCUUGUCUGACAAAUAAAAAUAUCUGAAAUA